AUGGCGGGCCAGGCCAUCGUCGACGCCGUGAGGGACCAGGCGGCGCUCUGCCUGCUCCUCCUCAGCCACCUCGGAAGCCUCGACAAGGGAACGCCCACCGCCAACCUCGCCUUCUCGCCGAUCUCCUUCCACGCGCUGCUCUCCCUCCUCGCCGCCGGCGCCUCGGGCGCCACGCGCGACCAGAUCAACGCCUUCCUCGGGCCCGCUGGUGCAGAGGCGCACGCCGCGCUCGCGUCCGCCGUCCUCUCCGGCCGCAAUGGCGGCGGCGACGGCCGGGAGGCCGAGGUCCGCCGCGACACGGCCGUCUGGGCCGACGCCUCGCUGCGCCUCAGCCCCGCCUUCGCCGACACAGCCGCCGCCGUCUACAGGGCCGAGGCGCGGUCGGUGAGCUUCAUGGACAAUCCCAGGGAGGCGGCGGCGGAGAUUAACGGGCGGUGGCCGUGUCGUCGGUGGUCCACCAGAGCGUCCACCCCGGCCGGCUCAAAGAACGCGUGA